GUAAUUAAGACUGUGCCAUUUGCCAUAUCAAAUUAUGCCUGUGUAUUGUCCAUGCAUCUUAAGAAAAACAAAUUAUCUGCUUAAAAUUACCGAUAUGUGCCUCGAGAAUCGCAAAAAUUGUCUCGAAUUAUGACUGCACCGAAUCAAGCGACAGCAACUUUCUGUUAAGAGCAACCAAUAAAAAUGUUGUUGCUACAUACAAAUGAAAAUAACCAUGAUAAUUGGUUGGAUUGUCUGCAUAUGGAUUAACCACGAAAAAAAUUCCAGUGCUAAUAAAAAAAAUGAAAAGUCCAUCUAAAGUAUUUUAGCAAGCUUAUUUUUGUUGUUUUGGGUAGAAUGGGCGACAUAAUUUUGUCGAGUGUGCGUUUUUUCUUUUUGCAAUAAGAAACCAAAUCAUCUGCCGACUUAAACAGUCUUUGAAAACUAUAUUGUUCGUAGAAUAAAGGGGAGAAGAUUGGUUUGAAGAAAAUUGACUUGUUCCAAAAUAAACGCUCACGUUUUGGCAAUGAGAGAGGCUAUAAAAUGUGCUUUCAUCAGCAAGUUUCUCAUAACUGAGCGAGCCCUCGCUUCCGCAGUGAACUACUGUUCUUACCAUGAAGCAACUCUUUGAACCUUGAAGCGAGAUUCCUGACUUCAGUAAGGCAAAGUGUCGUGGUGAUAACAAUGAGCGGUAAAAAGAGCUUCAGCAAUGUAUCUAAUGUCCAUGGUAACCAAAGCACUGCACAAGAGAGAAUGUUUGUCUUCCUACGCAUGGAUCGUGACAUGAUGACCUCUCUGACAACUCUAACAUACACAGUCGCCUUCUUCUCACUAGUGAGUAACGCACUGGUCAUAUACUUCAAGAAAACGGAAAGAGGACCGCGAGUACAGAGAGCGCUGGACCGCUCACACACCUGUUACUUCAUACAAAGCCUCGCCUGGUCUGAUCUACUCGCCAGUUUUAUCACAGCACCUCUGUUCAACAGCAUUGUUAUGAUUGAUUUAUUCAGCAACAACCUUCAGUGCUUGAUAGCUAGAACAACUACCUUCUUUCUCCCAGUUAUAACCGUCUUUAAUCUUCUAGUGAUAGCUAUAGAGAGAUAUCUCGGCAUAUUUUACCCUUUGUACUUGCCUAGCCGUAAAGCUGUGAGGUGGUCAAUCAUUUUAGCGUGGGUUAUUGGGUUUUUAGUAGCUUUUAUCCCAGGGGUAACCUAUACUCUUUUGCGCGCUGAUAUAGGCGAUAAAUAUUAUACCCACUUUUGCGUGUACAACAAAACUAUUUCAUACCAUAAAUAUCUCUUCUGGAUAUUUUCUCUGUGCUCUUAUAUUUUACCGAGCAUCGUAUUUUUCGUGAUCACAUAUCGGAUUUCAAGAUUCCUCUCGAAGAGAGCUCGUGGCGCAAAUGGCGUCUCGACUACGAAUAAGUCUGACGCAUGGCGUUUUAAGAGCUCUCGCAUGUUUUUGUCCGUUAUCAUGUUUUUCAUCGUUCCUUACUUGUCAUGGUACCUGUAUACAUUAACUAUGACUACAUUUAAACCGAAUAUUGAUAGCCAAAUAGAUGUAGUAUUGCGUUAUAUGUUUACACAGGUUAUCCUUGCUAACGGAAUUGUCAACCCAAUCUUGUAUUUCUACCACACAAGAGAGUUCCGUGUCAGGCUAAAAAAAAUGUUGACGUUCAUCAAAGACCGCGUAGCACCUUCUACAUAAUCAAGCGCAUACCCAGGUGCUAACUAAUUGGCCAUGUGUGAUUCCAGAAAAGCAAUUCUUUGCUUUUAUCUUACCCCGGGGACCAGAGGCUCCAAGCAUCACUACCAAGAGCUGCGAGGCUUUUAUAUAACAGGCACCGCGCAGGGGGAGGGGCUGGGUGGAGGGGCUCGUUUUUCAAUAUUAUAAUUAAGGGCGGGAACUUUCCCAAACUCAGGAAAAGACGGACCAAAAUUAAAGGGAACAGGGGGGGGGGGGGGGGAUUACGGCCUCGAACCUCCCUAUUUUCAGCCCCUGACAGUUUUACUUUGUAUAUGGUGUAUAAUAGUGUACUGUGUAUGUUUUAUCUCGUAUAAGAUGUAUAGCGGAUAGCUAGAACGUUUGAGCCGCUUAUUUUAGUUUAAUAUAUCGUAGAAAAUUUUUAAUAAUGUAGAGCGGACGCUAUAGAAAUGUGAUAAAAAUGUAACGAAAUAAUAUUUAUACGUUCUCUAUACUAUGUACUUAAUCUCUACAUUCAUGCCCUUUCACUGAUGUAAAUAAAACAACGCAAAACCGUAAAACGUGACAAAUAUAUUAAUCAUUAGUUCUCUAUAUUUUAUAUAUAUCUUAAUAAAUCUCCUGAUGAGUGGGCAACCACGAAACAGGCCUUGUAGAGAUGAAACGGUAGCUCGCGUGUUUUUUUCCCUACAAACCAAGAUAUAUCCCGCUCUACACCUGUGUAUUGAGCACUGUUCUAUGAACGCCUGCACUCACGCAUUAUCUUAAAUUCUAUAUUUUUUUUCUCUCUCGUAUGUGAUGAUGUAAAUAAAAGAUGUAAAACUAUA